AUGCCGACAAGCGCAGAAGGAAGCGCGGCGACCCAGCCAGGCGCCGCGGCCUAUGCGUCGAUGAAGGUGCCGGAACUCAAGGAUCUCCUCAGCCAGAGAGGACUGCCUACCACAGGAAAAAAGACCGAUUUGGUUGACCGGUUGCUCCAGGCGGACGCUUCCGCGGAGAAGGACACCCUGGCUGAGUCCUCUCUGCUUUCCUCCGCGCCUCUCCUUGAGGCGGAUGCGCAUGCCGCCGGCGAGCUCGAACUCGACGCGUCCUUCGCGGCCAAAGAAGGCGCCUUCCUCGAGGGCCUUCCUGCGGAGACAGGCUCGCCUGCGCUCAAUCUGGACUCUUCGGCGAGUUCGGCCAAGUCCCCCGCCUUCACGCUGCCUGCAGGGACAGGCGCCGCCGAGAAGGCCGCAGCGCAGUCGCGAGCUUCCGCAGCGAUCAAAAUCACGCAAUCGAUGACGGAGGAAGAACGCCGGGCUCUUCGGAAAGCCAAGUUUGGCACUAAGACGGACGACGAGAAGAAGCUCGACCGUGCACGGCGCUUCGGCCUCUCCGUCCCUGAACUCGAAGAAGAGAAGAAGCGCUUGAGAGCUGAGCGCUUCGGGAGCGCUCCAGCAGCGAAGACCAGUAGCAUCGAGAGUCUGCCGGUGGACAAACUGGAAGAAGAGAGAAGAAGAAAGCGGGCCGAACGGUUCGGCAUUGUCAGUGAGGAAGACAAGAAGCGCAAACGGGCCGAGCGCUUUGGUGUGACGACUGAAGAGGAGAAGCUGGCCAAGCGUCUCCAGAGGUUUUCGAGCCCAACUAGCGGUUCCGCCUCGUCGCCGGCGCCGCCCGUGAAGGUUACCGGCGCGUGA